CCACCACACGGUGUUUGAGUUCGAGGAGGCGCUCACAUCUCGGAUCCUCCGCCGCGCACACACACGCGCUUGUCAAGUCCAUAGGACUUGGUGACACGCGGACUCCAGCACGCGCACUCCACUCACGCACCAUUGUUCCUCCUGAUGUACAAUGCACCAGCAGUUAUUGCGGGAUAAAGACGUUCACGCGUGAGAGCUGCGUCGACCGGACGGACGGACGCCGGGGGGGGACGGAACCAGGAGCUGCGGCCGCGGAGGUGUAGACAACGAUACUCCAAAGAUCUAAUUUGUCUGUGAUGAGCAUCCCCAUCCACCAGAGACCAAAGCCAACCUUCCAUCACCCCCUUUCUUACUUCAAAUUCUUUCUUACUAAGGCCUGCCCCUGUUUAUCCCUCUGAGAGGAAGAGGAAGUGAUGUCACGCCACCACCAUCGCUUUGAGAGGGACUACCGUGGACCCUGGGAGCGGAGAGACAUCCGUCCUUCUGGCCUCCACAAUGGAGGAGCCAACCAUAGCUGUGCGUCCGCGGUUGUCAACGGGAACAACCGGCCAGGGCUUCUACCCCUCCCAGUCAUCCCCUCCCUGCUGCCCACCCCGGUCACUGUCGCGGUGACCACGUCAAGCGCCGACAUAACAGUCAAGCGGGGCAUAUCUGCGGCGGUCACGCCGACAUCGGGCAAGGUCACCGGUCUAUCUCCUGGCGAUAGCCAGACCCCGGGGUUGCUGCUGGCGCCAGGAGUGAGAUGGGGUCAGACGCCCAUCAACCAGCUCACACCGUGGGAUACAGACGAGCCUCCGAGUAAGCAACAUCGCGACGGCGAGCCCACAGGUCCCGCCUGGGCGGCACCAGUAGCAGCCGUGAGCCAGCCCAGUCUCCUCCCCCACACCUACGCCCUUCCUCAGCCACCGUCCUUCAACCACAGCGUGACCGCUCAAUCCCCCAUCAUCGGAGUAACACCUUCCAUCCAGACACCAGUUCCACCACAGCACCCGCUUAUGACUGCUCACUUCCAGCUGACCCCUCAGUCGACCCAGCAGCCGCCUUCCCUGGUGCUUAGCAUGCCCAGCCAGCCUCCGUACCCCUCAGCCCAGCCUGGAGUCGUACCUGCUGCCCUCACCGCCCAAGCCAACCAAGUGCAUCAUCCCAGCCCUCACAGCGUGAUAGGAAACGGGCACUUACCCUCUCACCCGGGCCUCAUGCAGCUUCCCUCGCUACCGCUGACUAAUGGACAGGCCGCGGCGCAGGUCCCGCCCACGGCUCCGAACAACCAGGACGGUCUGAACGGGCUGCAAAUGCUGCGGACUGUGGGAAUGGGAAAAUACGAGUUCAGUGAUCCGGGACAUCCGAAAGAGAUGUUGAAGGAGUUGAACCAGCAGCGCAGAGCGAAAGAGUUUACAGACCUGAAAAUAAUUGUUGAAGGCAAAGAGUUUGAAGUCCACCAAAAUGUUCUAGCUUCCUGCAGCUUGUAUUUCAAGGACCUGGUGAAAAGGUCAUCAGGUGAGACGCGGAACGGGGAGAUGCUGAAGUUGACCAUGAGCAACAUCGGCGCGGACGUGCUCGAGCAGUUGCUUGAGUUCGUCUACACAGGAUCGCUGGUUAUCGACUCGGCGAACGCAAAGACGCUGCUGGAGGCGGCCAACAAGUUCCAGUUCAACACCUUCUGCAAAGUCUGCGUGUCCUUCCUUGAGAAACAGCUGACCGCAGCAAACUGUCUGGGAGUGCUGGCGAUGGCUGAGGCCAUGACUUGCACAGAGCUACACAACAUGGCCAAAGCUUUCGCACUGCAGAACUUUCCUGAGGUGGCGAGACAGGAGGAGAUCCUGAGUGUGUCCAAGGACGACCUCGUCUCCUACCUGUCCAACGACAGCCUAAACACCAAGGCCGAAGAGCUUGUCUACGAGACCAUCAUCAAGUGGAUAAAACAGGAGCCCGACUCCAGAGUUCAGCAUUUGUCAGAUCUGCUGGCAGUGGUGCGCCUUCCCUUCAUCCACCCGUCCUACCUCCUCAACGUGGUGGACAACGAAGAGCUGAUCAAAUCCUCCGAGGCGUGUCGGGACCUGGUCAACGAAGCCAAGCGCUACCACAUGCUGCCCCACGCACGGCAAGAGAUGCAGACGCCCCGGACCAGGCCGAGACUCUCUGCUGGGGUAGCGGAGGUGAUCGUGUUGGUGGGGGGACGUCAGUCUAUUGGAAUGAACCAGCGUUCCCUGACAGCAGUCACCUGCUUUAACCCCCAGAACAGUAAGUGGUAUCCUCUGGCCAGCCUGCCCUUCUACGACCGCGAGUUCUUCAGUGUCAUCUCAGCGGGGGACAACAUCUACCUGUCAGGCGGCACAGAGUCUGGAGUGAUGCUGGCAGAUGUUUGGUGCUACAUGUCGCUGCUGGACAACUGGAAUCUCGUGUCUCGGAUGACGGUGGCUCGCUGCAGGCACAACAGUCUGGUGUACGACGGCAAACUGUACACCAUCGGAGGACUGGGCGUGUCAGGGAACCUGGAUCACGUAGAGAGGUACGACACCAUCACCAACCAGUGGGAAACCGUGUCCCCGCUGCCAAAGCCGGUCCACUCAGCGGCGGCGACGGUGUGUGGAGGAAAGGUUUUUGUUUUCGGCGGAGUGAACGAGGCCGGUCGCUCGGCUGGGGUUCUCCAGUCGUACGUGCCACAGAGCAACACGUGGAGUUUCAUAGAAUCGCCCAUGAUAGAUAACAAAUACGCCCCAGCAGUGAGUCUCAAUGGCUUUAUAUUCAUCCUGGGAGGAGCGUACGCCCGAGCCACCACCAUCUACGACCCAGACAAAGGCAACAUCAAGGCUGGGCCCAACAUGAAUCACUCCAGACAGUUCUGCAGCGCUGUCAUUCUGGACGGGAAGAUCUACGCCACAGGAGGCAUCGUGAGCAGCGAAGGCCCGGCACUUGGCAACAUGGAGACUUUUGACCCGUGCACCAACACUUGGACGCUCUUGCAGUCGCUGCCCUGUCCGCUCUUUAGACACGGCUGCGUGGUCAUCAAGAAGUACAUCCAGAGUGGAUGAGAGUGGCCGCCGUUGUCAUCUCUUCGCCGACGCCAAAAAAAUAACAUGAAAAAAGGAAACACCAGCUGAGCUCCGAUUCAAGUGUGUGAUGGCAGCGUCAGGCCAACCAGGAACUUCUUCUGGGCUUGAUGCCGGUGUCCAUCCACCCAAGAUACCCUGCCCCUUCUCCUUAAAAGCCCUGUGCAGAAUGUACUCAUGUUCAACCACUCAGCCUUGUCACUUGACUAACCUUCAGUACUGUACGUGUCAUGUAGAGUCGUAGGUUCAUCCUGUCAUCCAGCAGGCACAGGGUCCCUCUUAGUAAGCUUUGUUUACAACAACGUGCUUGUUUCCGUUCUCUGUAAAAUCACAAUUUCUUUGAUGGUUUACUGUCGCGUUUUUUUUCCAAGAAAGGAGAUCAAUUCUUCGUGACGAAGAAGCAUUAUUCCAAAGCGGCGAUUUGAGGUGCCAGAUGUUACAAGAGACAGUUUCUUCAUCAGGCAGAGCUCGGUUCUACUUUUCAUCCAUCCACUCCUCAUUCUGUCCUUCGAGAUCUGCAUCUGAUUCGUUUGUCCAGUGGAAAGAAAGCACAAUUAUCAUCUCUGACUGUUCUUUUCUCUUUUCCAUGUCUCGUUCGGUUUGUGUCGUUUUAUACAAAGUUCCAUGACAACCCACUUGAGAGGUUGGGUUGUGUAAAUACAGGAAGGAUAUAUGUUUAUUUUACAACUUGAAGGCCAUUCUGUAUAAAUGUUUUUAGGGAAAAAAAUGAUAGCCUGGAUUGAAAAUGUCUGUAAAUCUGUACCCAAAAAGGAGACAUGAACAAUUGUUAUUAUUGAAACGUAAUACAUAUACAAGAACAAGCUUAUGUUGUCGUCUUAUCUGUCAAGGAAGCGUCUGAUGUUUUGAGAUCUGCGCAAGUUGAGAAGAGGAAUGGAGUAGCAUGCCUUGCCCUGAAUCAGUAUCCUCAUUUGCAUGGUUCAGUAGGUGGCGCUCUAGGUUUAAAAAUGAGGUUUCAUUGAAACGGCUGUUCAAAGCCAAAGAUUAUCGAUCAGAGAACAACCAUCUAUAGGCCUCUGAAAAUGAGGCCAGUGUUUUAUGAAACCACAUCAGACACCUUUACUUUGCACAUGCUUGGGUGCUGCACUCAAAGUCAUCGUACACUUGGUUGGACUGAACUCGUGCUAACUUGCUGAACCUCACUGACAUUUCUACAGUUAGAUCCUAAAGCUUUCGAGUGGCAAACAAAAGUUGUUUUUCAUGGAUGCCACCCAUCCUGAAUACAGAAACAAAGGUCUGUGUUACUGUACAACUUCCAAUGAAAUCAAGUUCAGUUGACAAUUAAUCCAGAAAUACCCUCUUUUCCAGCUGAAGAAUAUACAUUAUGUCAACGACAAAAAAGUGUUUUC